AUUCAUAGAUGACUUUAAUCUGCGUUCCAACAAAGAAAAAAAAAGCGAAAAGGGUCGUAAAAAACAUCGAAUACAAGAGCACAAAACACAAAGUAAACAAGAGUAAUGAGUAAUGCUCAAGGAAGAGUUCUUUCAACAUAAAACAACGACCUGUCCAUGGGCUUCUCGUCUUUUACUGAAGCGCCCGCUGUCUACUUUUCUGUUCUUUUCUUCUUGUCUGUUUAUUUAUUUAUUUUAUUUAUUUAUUUAUUUAUUUAUUUAUUUAUUUUGUUAAGCUGGUUCUGGUCGAUAGCUAAUACUAGGAAGCAUUCUUGGACAAGAUGUCGAAAUCAGACUGUGACCCUUCUGAUGUUGGAGAUGUCAUACCUUUUCCCUUGCUUGCUCCCAUUCGAGAUCUGGAUUCUUUUCAUGAAAGAAAAGACACGCCCCACUUCCUUACCUUGCAGGCACCAUAUCAAAGACAACACAAUUGUCCACAUGACUGUUAUCUGUCGGUAGACAGUCGUGUUGUGACAGAACAGCAAGCACUACGAGAAACGAACCGCAGUCUUCACACUCUCCAGUCUGUCUGACACGUGCAGUGCGUGGCGGCGCGAGUCGCUCGCUCUACAGAUCUCUGAUGACGUAUAAGCAGUCAGCUAGCGCAUCGCGUCUGGUCUGUGACGUCAGCGACACGUUUUUCUUUUUGGCGUCAUCAUUUGGUGUCGGGCAUGCGCAGCGACUUUCCCCUUCCCCGAGAGAAGACAACACCAGAGGGAGACCUAAGGUCAGGCAGCUUGCAUAUCGCAUAAGCCACGAUGACAAAUAUCGACAACAACUCCACCAGCUUAUCAGAUCAUGACAUUCGGUUGUACUUGGAGGAUCUCAGCCUACGAUCGUGGUACAACCGCAAGCCGGUGGCAAUCUACCUGUGUACGUUGGUGGUCGUGGGAUCUCUAGGUAAUACCUGGUGUUUCCUAGUCUACUUCUUCUGCUUUUCCGUCAACUCCACGCGCGUGCUCGUGCUGGCCAUGAGCCUUUGCGAUCUUGUGACCAACCUCAUUGGUCUGCCGCUGCAGAUCUACACCAUCCGCCACGCCUACGACUCCUUCGAUGUUCCCCUCUGCCGGAGCAUGUUCAUCUUCGCCACGAUACCCACGCAACUGUCAGGGUUCCUCAUCCUGCUAGUGGCCUACGACCGGUAUAGGUAUAUUUGUAGGCCCUUCUGUGUCAAGAGAGAUACGACUAAGGCAAUGACACAAGUCGUAAUUGCUGUGAUCGUCACAUUUGUUAUCUUCUUGCCGUUUGCUUGGCUGUACGGGUACCACACGGUGGACAGUCCGCUGCCCGGAGUCAAGGCUGUCAUGUGUUGGAUACACGACGAUUAUCGGAAUGGUCCUUACAUUCGUGCUUACCUCAUUGUCCUCAGCACGGUUUUCUUCGUCGGCUUGUUUAUUCUAACUAUUUUGUAUUCCUUGAUAGGGGAAACAAUUUUUCGACAUCGGUUUUCCAUGAGUGUUCGGUUGCGUUCAGUGACCGUUGUCUACCCACAUCCUUCUAAGGGCGAAAAUCUUUUAACUCAUUUAAGCAAACCGAUUUUCUUCAAGAGCAAAGCCUGGGGAUCUAAGUGGCAGUGUCCACAAUGCCAAUUCAAAGGCAAGUUCUUGUCCGACGAUCUUUCGAGUCUCCAAAGUUCAUCACAGCAAAACCAUCCAAUACAAACCACCAUCAUGAUGGCAGCUCUUACCGCCCUGUAUAUUGUGAACUGGCUGCCUCAUCUCCUGGCCAGGGCGACAACCGACAGGCCAGUGAACUUGUGCGACAACUUUACAGACUGCGGUUACAACUUCUAUGCUCUCAGUCUGAGGUCCUACUACCUCCACAGCGCCUCCAACGCCUUCAUCUACAGCUUCUGGAACUCCACCUUCCGCAAAGAGAGCCGCAACCUCUUCUGGGCGAUCGUCAACUACUGCAAGCGUUAGGUCACGUGGUCCCAUCGUCUUCAUCCUGGUGUUCUACUGUCUGUGGACUUGUCCUUCUGGGGCAGUUUUGCUGCUGAUAAACUCAUUUUACGUUUUCGUGAUGAUCACUAGUCUGAUGUCGGUGUGGAUGGACUGGUUGAAACCAUUCUAGACACUCUUCCUAUGGUCACGUGACGGUGCUGCUGUGUUCAGAACUGAUGGUGUGAAGGUGUCAUACAUACUUGCAGUCUUCACGACAGGGGAAAAGAGACUUCCAUCGCCACAUCUUAUCCAUUGCAUUUCAAAGAUUUUUCUUUUUAUUUCAAAUAUUGUCCGGCACUCUCUAGUCGGAUUAAAAUGUCUUGAAGAUAAACAGUUUGUGUGUGUGUGUGUUUAGAUUCAUUAACACUUUUAGUAUUUUCUAUGUAUGAUACUCUAUUGACUCAAAUUAACAAUACCUGUCUUAUUUGUUUCAACAAGAACAAUAAAAAAAGUAUAUAGCA